ACAAAAACCUCCAGUUACAUACAGAAACCUCCAGUUAUAUACAAAAACCUCCAGUUACGUACAGAAACCUCCAGUUAAGUACAAAAACCUCCAGUUACAUACAGAAACCUCCAGUUAUAUACAAAAACCUCCAGUUACGUACAGAAACCUCCAGUUAUAUACAAAAACCUCCAGUUAUAUACAGAAACCUCCAGUUAUAUACAAAAACCUCCAGUUAUAUACAGAAACCUCCAUUUACAUACAGAAACCUCCAGUUACGUACAGAAACCUCCAUUUAUAUACAGAAACCUCCAGUUACAUACAGAAACCUCCAGUUAUGUACAGAAACCUCCAGUUACGUACAGAAACCUCCAUUUAUAUACAGAAACCUCCAGUUACAUACAGAAACCUCCAGUUAUGUACAGAAACCUCCAGUUACGUACAGAAACCUCCAGUUAUAUACAGAAACCUCCAGUUACGUACAGAAACCUCCAGUUAUGUACAGAAACCUCCAGUUACAUACAGAAACCUCCAGUUAUGUACAGAAACCUCCAGUUACAUACAGAAACCUCCAGUUAUGUACAGAAACCUCCAGUUACGUACAGAAACCUCCAGUUAUAUACAGAAACCUCCAGUUACGUACAGAAACCUCCAGUUAUGUACAGAAACCUCCAGUUACGUACAGAAACCUCCAGUUAUGUACAGAAACCUCCAGUUAUGUACAGAAACCUCCAUUUAUAUACAGAAACCUCCAGUUACAUACAGAAACCUCCAGUUAUGUACAGAAACCUCCAGUUACGUACAGAAACCUCCAUUUAUAUACAGAAACCUCCAGUUACAUACAGAAACCUCCAGUUAUGUACAGAAACCUCCAGUUAUAUACAGAAACCUCCAGUUACGUACAGAAACCUCCAUUUAUAUACAGAAACCUCCAGUUACGUACAGAAACCUCCAGUUAUGUACAGAAACCUCCAGUUACGUACAGAAACCUCCAGUUACAUACAGAAACCUCCAGUUACGUACAGAAACCUCCAGUUAAGAGUAUUGGGUAUACAUAUUUUGUUGUUGAGAAAUAUUUUUGUUGGAAACAAAGAUAUGUAACAAUC